UGGGGAUUUGCCUCCUCUUGCAUAGCCAGACCAGAGACGCCCAUUGCCGUUUUCUUGGACUCUGUUUCGCUGCUGUUCUUGCCACUGCAGAAAAGAUCAGGAUUCAGAUCGGUGAUCCUUUUUCUUCAAUUCAAGAUGACCAUCAUCAUUGAGCAGCCUCAGUUCGAUGUGGCCGUGGAGAGGAAGGCUGCCGGCGACGCCGCGGAGUUGGUGCUCGACGGCGGGUUUGCCGUGCCGGACUCCAACGCCUUCGGCCAUACUUUCAGGGACUACGACGCGGAGUCGGAGCGGAAGAAGACGGUGGAGGAGUUCUACCGGAGCAACCACAUCAACCAGACGUACGAGUUCGUGAAGCGGAUGCGGGAGGGGUACGGGAAGCUGGACAAGACGGAGAUGGGCAUCUGGGAGUGCAUCGAGCUGCUCAAUGAGUUCAUCGACGACAGCGACCCGGACCUCGACAUGCCGCAGAUCGAGCACCUCCUUCAGACCGCCGAGGCCAUCCGCAAGGACUACCCGGACGAGGACUGGCUGCACCUCACCGGACUCAUCCACGAUCUGGGGAAGGUGCUGCUGCAUCCCACCUUUGGAGAGCUCCCUCAAUGGGCAGUCGUAGGUGACACUUUCCCUGUCGGCUGCGCGUUCGACGAAUGCAACGUCCACUUCAAGUAUCUGAAGGAGAACCCUGACUACCACAACCCGGAGUUCAACACAAAGUUUGGGGCCUACUCCGAGGGGUGUGGGCUGGACAACGUGCUCAUGUCCUGGGGCCAUGACGACUACAUGUACCUGGUGGCCAAGGAGAACAAGACCACCCUUCCUUCUGCAGGGUUGUUCAUCAUCAGAUAUCACUCUUUCUACCCCCUGCACAAGCAUGGAGCUUACAUGCACCUGAUGAACGAGGAGGACAACGAGAACCUGAAAUGGCUGCAUGUGUUCAACAAGUAUGACCUGUACAGCAAGAGCAGCGUCAGGAUCGACGUCGAGAAAGUGAAGCCCUACUACAUGUCACUUAUCGAGAAGUACUUCCCGGACAAACUGAGAUGGUGAGAAGGCAAACACAUAUCAGAGAGAUUAUAUACCAUCAAAAAGAAAGAACAAGAUUGUUUCGAGCUGUCGUGUAUACAGUGUGUCUGUGUAUUACGUACGAUCGAUGUUUCCAUGUCGUAUCCGAUCGAAUUGAGCGAGUGGUACUACAGUGAACUCCUUGAGAGCCAUCAGACAUGCGAAUUGCAGGUGUUUGUUGUUUGCGAGUGUGUUCUGUUUUUUCUUUCUGCGGGUAGUGUGCUCUGUUCUACAGUCUGUAAACGAAAUUCGUCACCUGGAAAUUAAAAUGCGGUGCAUAUUGCUCCAAUAAAUGUUCAGUUAGUCGAGGA